UGAAAACAGUCGAUUGUUGGACGUUGAAACGAAAAGCGGUCUUCUACUCUAACUCUAGAGGUGUACACAAAGUAUAUUCGAAUAUCCCAAAAUAAUCCAAAUCCGAAUCCCAUUCAUCCCACGCUUCGAAAAGUAUCGCGCGCACGGGGCACGUUCAUCUUCCACCUUAAUUUGGGACGAUAGAUCUUGAUCUUGAGCUCUUCUUUUUCUGUUUGGAUGGUUUGGUCUUUGGUGUGGUGUUGUUCUUGAUGUUCAGUUCAGUUCAUUUAAUAACGGACUCGUGAAUUUGUAAUUUACAUAAAUAACGGUAAAAUAUUUUCAUUCGCGAAGUGCAUAAAAGAAGAAGAGUAGUAAAAGGAUACACUCUUGGGAUCAUAAUCUGGAUUUACCUGCCGCUGGUGGAGCUGGACAAUAAUUUUUAUUUCUGAUUUUGUGACAAAAGUCAUCCGUGUAAACGAACAAGGAACUCCUCUUCGCCUUCAUAUUCGCAUCAUUAAAAAUAAAGAACUGCGACUUUAACCAGAUUCAAACCAGAGACGAUCAAGGAAGACAACAAAAUAGAAACUAUGAGGCAGAUCGGCAUUAGUGAGAAAGACGAUCCCUUGAAGCGAAUCCAAGAGGAAAUCAACGAAGUGGCACGUCGUGAGCGUGAGUUACGUGAGAAGAUGCAUCCACUAGAGGAAAACACAAUCAUCAAUGGCAAACAGAACGAUGCUAACAUUUCGAUUCUCCCAUCAUCGGAGCAAAUUUCCGUAUCGCAGGACGAUAACCUUUCUUCAUCGGCAGCAUCUUCACUGACAACAUCCGUCAACAGCAAAGAAGACCAUCUUGAUGGCCAUCAUUCUGAUGAUUCUGGAAUUUCAGCAUCUUCAAGUCCAGUCAAUGGAACUUCAACCAACAACAACAACAAUAAUUUGAACAGCAGCAGCAACAACAACAUAGUAAUCAAUGAAAAGAAAUACAUUCGCCCAAAUGGCUACAAUUCAAUUCCAUCGCCACCACCGCAAAAGAUUCUCACACGAACCGUGUCCACGCCACAGAUUUUUACACCAUCACGUCGUAUUACAUUCGGUCCAGCAUCGAAGGGUCUCAUGCAAAGAUUUAUUGCAACUCGUGGCAAAAUCGCCCUGAACAACGCCGCCGCCGUUGCAGCUGCAAAUAGUGGUAACGCUGCAGUUGGAGGUGUUGGGGGAGUCGGUGUUCCAAACUCACAAUCACCAAUCACCCCAUCAGCCCCAAUGAUUUCUGAUUUUCCUCGGGCUGCCACAUACAUUCCGCCAGUGACAAUUACGCCGCCAAUCAUAGAGCGUGACGCCGAUGGGAAACCCAUUCGACGUGGAUACGUUCCCGUCGAGGAGAAGAUUCAAAAGGAAUUGAAGGAUCUCAAGAGUCGUGAGAGUGAAUUAAAGAAAAUACGAAAAAUUCGACAGUCAACGCCAGAUUUAUUGGACUCUAUUGAAAAUGAAGAAUUAGAGUCAGACGAAGAUUCAGAUGUUGAGCAUUGCUAUGGUCCGGGAAAAUUACGCUCGGCGAAGUCAAUUGGAGAACUUUGUGAUUCGUCUAAUAACAGUCUAUCUCCAAGAGCAACACCCAGUCCAGACUUUGAUAGCAAGCAUCUUUAUAGCCGCAACGGCGGCAUGAGACCCGCGUUGUCACUCGCCCAACUGUGUGACCUCGACCCUCAGGAGGCGCCAUCUUCUUCACAUCAGCUUAUUGCCAAAUGGGAAAGCCUCAUUCAGCAGAAUGCAUAGGCGCCAGCAUCCAACAUUAUAUCAACACACGCAUAAAAACACAAAAUCUAUCAUAAAAAACAACAACUGCAAGAUUUCAAAAACGCACGUUAAGAAAUUUAUAUUUAAAAAAUGAAAAAUAAAGAUACUACCCUUGUAUCCCUUGUUGAUGUUUGGAGAAUCCUAUAUUUAAUCGCAAAAACAUAAAACAAAAAAAAACAUUAAACUUGGAGUAUUAAACCUACUACAUUAAUUAUUUUAAAUAUUAAGAAAAAUGUGAAGAAAAAAAAAACUCCUGCUAAAAAGCAUAUUUCUAGUAGUUUGUAAACUUUGUUUUAAAAUAUUGUAUUUAUUGAAACAAUUUUGUUUUACUUGCAAAAUGUUUAAAGGAAAUUGUUUAUUUGUCAAUUUUUUCUUUUGUUUUGCAUGAAAUAAAUUCGCGUAAUCAUCGAUUUUCCUAUUUAUAAAAUUUAUUUGUCGACAAAGGAAAAUAAAUAUUAUAUUAUCAACUGUGAACUACAUUAUAUUGUAAAUAUUUAACAAUAAAUAAUUAUACAUUUUUA